GUCACCUUUCAACCAAUCGCAGCAUCAGACGGCUGUUGCCGGGCCUCGGGUGGUCACGACGGCUGGGUAAAACGGCAUUUGGGUGAAAAAAGGGAAAUGCGGACGCCGCAAAGUGUGGCAAGAGGCGCUGAGUUAAGAAAAUCCGGCCGACGGAUGAGACUCACCGAAGAAAAAACAUCGAAGUGGCUCACGGCGGCAGCCCGUCCCAACACGUCGACUAAGGUCCAGGCGGAGCUGUGUAAAUCCGAGGCUAAACUGGACGCCACGGGCCUACAUUGUGCGCCUCGAAGGUCCCGGACCAACAUGACAUUGACGCCCGAGGUGGUGGACCGGGAGGAGGACGACGCCAUGGACAACGAGCAGGCGGGUAGUCGAUACGGUAAACAUCCUCGUGGAUUGGAGAGCAACAGACCAAACGGGGGUCCACAAUGCUUGCUGGAAGCUAAGGCUGGAGUGAAGGAGAGGCCCAGGCCUGCUCACAACUUGCCUUCGCCAAAAGUGAACUCGCUUUUCUGCCCGGACAGGCAGAGACAGGGUCUGGCGCAUCACAGGCAAGAGAGGUCUAUUCGAAGCUGGUCGGAGCAGAGCAAGACAUGCAAGAGAGGGGCUGAGAGAAGCUGA